AUGUCCAUCCCGCUCAAGGAACUUAUCGAACGACAUGCCGGUGGAGUUAUCGGUGGAUGGGACAAUUUGCUAGCCAUUAUCCCCGGAGGCGUGUCCGUCCCACUUUUGCCCAAGAAUAUCUGUGAAACUGUGCUGAUGGACUAUGACGCCCUCCUCGAAGUAAAUUCAGGCCUUGGAACUGCUGCUGUCAUUGUCAUGAAUAAGCAAACCGACGUAGUCAAAGCCAUUGCUCGUCUAUCCACUUUUUAUAAACAUGAGACCUGCGGACAAUGUACGCCCUGUAGAGAAGGUUGCAACUGGUUGGACAAAGUUAUGUGGCGAUUUGUGGAUGGCAAUGCGGAUCCGAGUGAAAUUGAUAUGUUAUGGGAAAUCACCAAACAGAUCGAAGGACACACGAUUUGUGCCUUGGCCGAUGCUGCAGCAUGGCCUGUGCAAGGUCUGAUCCGUCAUUUCCGUCCUGAAUUGGAACGUCGCAUGGCCGAGUUUCAAAAGAAAGCACUUGCCGAAAAAGCGAUGAGUAAAAGCAAAAGCAUCAAAUAG